AUGGUAGGCGCAACAUCUGCACAGAUCAGCUCGGCUGAGGGCAUCAACUCGCUGCGGAAUGCAUCUCUCGCCUCCACCCAUACACCACGACCUUGUCUACACUCAACGCUCAAUGCAGAAGCUCGUGGCCGAAACGCUUCAUCCUCGCAACCGCCGAAGUCCGGCGACAAAGCUAGCCUCCAAGUGCCAUCGGAUUGGCCGGACAAUGUAGUCUACAUCACGCAGAACCUGGUCGCUCCCUCAGUGCCCGACUCGAUAGCUCAGCAAUACGUUCUGCCACCUUGUUUCUCCUCGAACAGCGAAAGCAUUGCAGGCUCGAGCACGCCCGCUUCCGUCCCACAAGCAACGCACAACGACGGACGUCCCGACACACUCUAUACAACAUCGAUACAGCAGGAAAUCUCACUUGCCAUACGUCCCAUCGAUGAGCUCACUCCUUGGUGUGCAGAUUCUUAUCACUCCACCAGCCGCAACUUGACGUGUCAUCCUGCUGCGGGAUCGCACGGUCUCUUUGCCGCACAAGAGAUUUCACCGGAUACGUUCAUCAGACCCUACCUCGGCGUACUUCACACAAAGACGGAUGCAGAUUUCCAUUCGACCUACGACUUGAGCCUUUGUCACGACCCAAGGCUUUCUACCCCACCGUCGGAUAGCUCCGAAGAUGUGACCAAGCAGAUUCAGGCUCUGUCUCUAGAGGAAAAGCGAGGAGACGAGCAUGACGCAACCGCCCUCUACCUCGACAGCCGCUAUUGGGGCAACGAAUCACGUUUCGUCAACGACUACCGUGGUAUCGCCCUCAAACCCAACGUCGAGUUCCGAUCUUUCAGCCAACUGCAAGACGGUGUCGAGCGAUUUCAGAUGGGUCUGUUUACCACCAGAUUGGUUCGAAAGGGCCAAGAACUGCUCAUCAACUACGGCAAGAGCUUUUGGGUUCACCAUGACCAACUCCAGGCUGAAAAGGCGACCAAGGAAGUGUCCGCUUCAGUACCAGUCAAACAACCUGCAGCCAAGGCCAAAUCUCUCGAUCCCAUUCAGGCCAUGUUGCAACGAAGUCGACUGCGUGUCUCCAAGACUGCUCCCUCCAAUCCACGACCACCUCAUCAACCCAACACACGCUCAUAG